AUGUCUGAAGGGACCCUCGCAUCGGCAGUCGCUGUUCCAGAACAGGAAAAUAUACCCCAGUCGCCCGAGAUCUCAACGAAAAGGAGACAGUCCUCAGUAUCAGAGCAUGAAACGAAACGCCGCCGCCUCAGUUCGCAAGGCGAUCUCUCCCCACAAGCCCGGCGACAACAGCAUUCGCCACAAGCAUCAGCGCCCGACCGUCCCGCCGAACGGAGGCCUAAUCGUCAGGGUCGAGAGGAAGACCGCAAGCGCGGGCAGCGGUUAUUUGGCGGGCUACUUGGCACACUCUCGCAGAGCUCCACGUCCGCGGCGCAGAAGCGGCGCGCUGAUAUCGAGAAGCGGCAGCAGGAUAAGCUCAAGUCGCAGGCUGAUGAAUACGAUGAAUUGAAGAAGCGGAGGAGGGAGCGGCGAGAUGAGAUUCGGAGGAAAGAGAAGCCGUUUUAUGAACGGGAGGCUAUGCAAACUCGACACUCGAACUUGAUCGCCAUGGCGCAUUUCCUCAAAACACGAACCGAACCGGUAUUGUAUUAUAAGCCGUGGCAACUACGAUCAGGUGAUGAAGCAGUGAUACGGGAACAGAUUGAAGAAGCCGAAGCGACAGUUGCCCGAGAAGUCGCCGAAUUCGACGCUCGGUAUCCGCCCGAAGCCUUCAAGUACGAGAAGCUGGAGCCAAUAUCGACAGAGACAACUGGGCCACCGGGAGCAUCAGAGGAGCAGCAGCAGACAAAGCCAGCUGCUGAGCCUGUCUCUGAGCAAGCCCCAAUUCCAGAACCCAAGGCUGAUACCGCCGAGCCAAAGGAGACUCCAGUUGAAAAAGAUGCACAGCCUAGCGAGGAGAAGCCCUCCGAGCCCACAACAACUGACGCGGCACCUACCAGCGCGGUCGAAGCUGCGGAUUCCAAGGAUACUCACCGUGCCGCUCACGACGACGACGGGGAUGAAAUGUUGGAAGACAACGAGGAUACCGUGAUUUAUUAG